UCACGUCAUGGAAAGAGUUACUUUGUUGCAGCGCGCACAGGAAUAAACCUCAAGAAAUAACACUGGCCCGUGAUGUGUGUUGAUGCUCUGUAGGAGCCGAUUGUUUGGUCGCUGCCUCUGCUUUUCAUUACGUUUAAAGAGUCGAGUGAAGAUGCGCAGGAACCUGUUUACAAGGAAAACGCAGCAAGUUUGAUUCUGAGGGAAUGCGGAGCAGGCUCAAAAUGCACAGGGAUACCAUUACUCAUCCCUCUGUUUUUCUCCGCGCCGGGCCACUUUGUCUUGGAAAUAUUUUCAUCAAGGAUCUUUUGGAGGCUCCGUUAUGAGAAACAAGUGUCCCAAGAGUGAACAUCGCGAAGUUGCAGUCCAGUUUUUGAGGAUUAAAACCACCGACGGUGUUUACGGAGGAGCUCUUUGAAGAAUCCAGCUUUGUUUUUGAACCUGUUGAGUUUGUGAUGCGAAAUGAGGUAGAGACUCUCUCUGUUGUAAGGGAGUAAAUGUGUUGUAGAGCAUCUAUAGCUUAAAGUUAUUGUUAGAUUUUCAAGCAUAAUAGAUAAUAAGACAAUAGAGCCAGAGCCUCAAUGGGCUGAGGAUGCUAGUGGUCAGAGUAGGUAUAUCUUAGACUGAGUUUCGGCGGAUAGAACUAAUAGUGUUACAUAACUGUUUACUUUUGCUGUGUUUCUUAAGUAUCUGAUCAUUAAAUUUACAUAGGCCAUCUUGUGCUGUUGCACACCUGAUCCAAAAGCUGCCAUGUAAUUUGAGAUGAGUUUUAAUAUUACAGUGAGCUUGUGUCAGAUGUUUCCCAGCAUGCAUCAAGACAGUAGCAUCAAUAUAAUAUAGGCACUAUGUGCAUGUAGAAUCAGCUGGUUUAGGACUUCCCACUGGAGUAUCAAGAUGUCAGUGAAAGCCAAAGCCAUCUACACUUUUCUAAGUGAAAACAAAGAAGAGAUCAGCAUCCAGGAGAAUGAGGAACUGGUUAUCUUUGAUGAGAACUCAGUGGACGGCUGGUUUCAGGGGGAGAACAGCCGGGGAGAGAGGGGUCUCUUCCCAGCGUCAUAUGUGGAAAUUAUUCGCACUCGCUCAAACUCUAAUGUGACUGACUGCUCCAUCAGCCCGGCAGGCUCUUUAGAAAAGGACUCCUCCUAUUUCCCCUCAUACCCAAUCACCCCUCCCCAUUUGCAGCAACCAUAUGAUGACGAUGAAGACGAUGACUGGGACGACUGGGAUGACAGGUCCACAGUGGUGGAUGAUUCUGACCACGCUAGGAGCCCGGGAGCCAAUGGACAUGCUCAUCAGAGCCCAUUAUCCAACAACCCCAAUGUGCACUACCGGCCCAAACCGCACAUGGAGAGACAGGACAGCAUCUCCAGCUCCAGGAAGGGCAGUAUGGUGGGCAGGAACUUGAAUCGAUUUUCUAGCUUUGUCCGCUCAGGGGUGGAAGCAUUUGUUUUGGGCGAUGUACCCAUGAUGGCAAAAAUAGCUGAGUCGUACACCAUCGAGAUGGGUCCCUUGGGGCCCCGGUGGAAGGAGAACCCACAGCCUUUCUCCUGCUCCAUUGAAGACCCCACAAAACAGACAAAGUUCAAGGGCAUCAAGACCUACAUUUCGUACCGGGUCACACCGAGCCACACAGGACGUCCUGUCUACAGGCGCUACAAACACUUUGACUGGCUGUACAACCGCUUACUGCACAAGUUCACUGUGAUCUCCGUGCCUCACCUGCCUGAGAAGCAGGCUACGGGGCGAUUUGAGGAAGACUUCAUCGAGAAGCGUAAGAGACGACUGAUACUGUGGAUGAACCACAUGACCAGUCACCCAGUCCUCUCCCAGUACGAAGGCUUUGAGCACUUUCUGAUGUGCGCUGACGACAAGCAGUGGAAACUGGGAAAGAGGCGGGCGGAGAAGGACGAGAUGGUGGGCGCCCAUUUCAUGCUGACACUCCAGAUCCCUAACGAGCACCAGGACCUACAGGAUGUAGAGGAGCGGGUCGACUCCUUCAAGGCCUUUGCUAAAAAAAUGGAUGACAGCGUGAUGCAGCUCACACAUGUUGCCUCAGAGCUGGUGCGUAAACACCUGGGUGGGUUCAGGAAGGAGUUCCAGCGGCUGGGAAAUGCCUUCCAGUCUAUCAGCCAGGCAUUCAUGCUGGACCCUCCGCACAGCUCGGACGCCCUCAACAACGCCAUCUCCCAUACAGGCCGCACCUACGAGAACAUUGGAGAGAUGUUUGCAGAGCAACCUAAGUAUGACCUCUUCCAAAUGCUGGACAAGCUGUCGCUCUACCAAGGCCUGCUCGCCAACUUCCCCGACAUUAUUCAUCUACAGAAAGGUGCCUUUGCCAAGGUGAAAGAGAGCCAGCGGAUGACUGACGAAGGGAAGAUGGACCAGGAUGAGGCCGACGGCAUUAGGAAACGCUGCCGGACGGUUGGGUUUGCCCUCCAGGCAGAGAUGAGCCACUUCCAUCAGCAGCGAGAGGUGGACUUCAAAGACAUGAUGCAGGCCUACCUCACGGAGCAGAUAGCCUUUUACCAACGCGUUGUUCAGCAACUAGAGCGCACCCUGCGCAUGUACGACUGUCUGUGAAGACACCAAACCGCUGCCCAGUUCAAGAUGCCAAAAAACACACGGAGGAGAAGGAGAGGAGUCUUGACUCUGUUAUCAAGGCGUUUUGUGUCGGUCAUAUUUGGUUCAGUUGGAAAAGACUGGAAAAUGAGGCAGUAGAUACUGGAAGACAUACAAAGCCAGUCAUUCUUUCACCUUGAUGGAUUCAAAGUCAUAUUUUUGUCUACUGUACCUUUUUUUCUGAAAUACACAUCACAUAGGCAAUGUCACAGCGUAUUGUUUAUUUUACAUAAUUUAAGGUGUUUGUAACAUUAAAAUAAGAAUAUAGGUUUCAAAUUCAUAGUGGAUCCAUAGUUGAUUGUUCUAUAGUGUAACACAUGAAAGCCAUGAAACGGGUUUUAUUUUGAAAUUGUCCCCUUCUCUCCAACAUCUUGCACUUUGGCUUCUGAUUCAACUGAUGUUUUUUUUUUUUUUAAUUCAGCAUUUUAGGAUUUUAUCAAAGUCACUUUUAUCAAAAUACAAAAAAAAAAAAAUAGUAUUUCUGUUAAAACAACUGUAAAAUAUGGUAAAGGGGAAUUUCACCAUCGCCUCCUCUUUUUCAUGUUAAGGGCUCAACUUGCUCAGGUGUUCACUGCUUUAUUUCACUUACUUCUCUCAUGUUAUGUCUUAAUACAAGUCCCAGAGGCCUGUCUAAACUUUGCAACAUGUUAAUGAUACCAUGUAAUUCAGUUUCAUUUUCUUACUUUUUUCAUGAAGUAAGUGCCUUUAAGGCUCUGAGGCAUUCUGGUGGAGUAUUUGUAAAUGGACCGUUUGUCUGUAGCGUGGUUUUAUCGGGUGAAUUGUUGGAAUGAGUCUUGUGUUUGGAGACGAGUUUGCACAUGUUUUUAUAUACUGGUGGGUCAUAGUGUGUGUGUGGGUGUGUUUAUGUGAAGUGAAUGAAAUGAGUCAACAACUGUGCUGAUCAAUUCCCUUUGCCAUGGUGAAAAACAAACAAUUCUAUCAUUUCUGUAGCAGAUUUAUCUAACCAUAUCAUAUGAAAAAUAGUCCUUUUUAUUUUAAGUGCAUUAACUGGUUGUGUGAGGAAGAAUAUCAAUUUGACAUUUCAGCCUUUGUAUUAGAUCAUUUAAUUCACAAUAGAGCAAAUUCUUCCUUUUACCAUAGCUUUGUGUUUUCAUUUAUUCAAAGUAAACCAAAUUAUAUCAUUCACAAUAUCUGUAUCACAUUGCAAUAAUAACAAAGACAAUUUUUGAAAAAUAUGCAUAUUCGCUUUUUUGCAUGAAGUUAGUGAAAGGAUUGAUAUCACUCUCAUUUAUUUUUGUUAAGUAUGAAGCUACAGCUAGUAGAUAGUUAGCUUAGCAUGAAGACCGGAAACAGUGGGAAACAGCUAGCCUCUGUCCAAACUUAACAAAACAACACGUACCAGCACCUCUACAGCUCGCUAAUUAACACGUUAUCUCUCAUCUCUUAAAUCUGUCCGAAAACCAAAGUGUAAAACAAUUUGAGGUUUUACAGAGAGUUAUGUCACUGCGUACAUUCAAGAAAUAGUCCCACACAUAACUUGGGUUUUUGUGCAGACUAACAACAAACAAGGCAUAUUUUAUUACCUUUAGGCGUAGCUAGGCUGUUUCCCCCUUUUUAUGCUAAGCUAGGCUAACCAGCUGCUGGCUGGACCCUUUAAAUUUAUCCUGCACAGAUGAGCGUGGUAUCAGUCUUCUCUGACUCAAAGUGAACAUACAUAUUUCCUCAAAUGUCCUUUAAUAAUGAUCAAUUUACCAUAUUGCUUUUUUUUCAUGUAGACGUGUCACUUUCUAUAUUUUGCUGAGAAAUUUAGUUUUAAAUGUUAUCACAGUUUGUCAAUGCUAAUUUUUUCACAUCAGAUGAGAUUUGCGUGACCGGGAGGAUUGGAGUCCCACUCCUCUCUGUCGGACUGAGUGUUCACUACUAAAUAAGAGCUGUUCCAGUAACAUUACUCACCCUGUUUAACAAGAGAAAAAUUCUCAUGGAAACUUGUGGUGUAGACGAGACUAUCUUUAGCGUCGUAUUGACCUUUGAGGUGUAUGUGGAGUCUGCGUUAUAUGCAUUACCUCAGGAAGUGUAGGGAAUGUAUUCACGAGCUGGACGCCUUUUUUUUUUUUGUUGUUUUUUUCUUUUCAAGCAACUUCCAGUGUUUAUUUGUCAGUUGUGAAACACUGAGUGUUCAUUUUGAUGGAAGAGGGGUUGAUCAGUGGUACAGUACAUUUGGGUGUGGAAUGAAAAGUGAAAUGAAAAUUAAUUUUGUGAAAUCUCUUCCUGGUGUUUUUGAGUUUCACAGUUUGAAGUUGGAACCUUAUUAUGGUUCUUUUAUAACGAAGAAGUGCUGAUUCAGAGUGCAGGUUUCUCAGUAAACAAAUGGUCUGUGUGUCUGUGUGUGUGUGCAUGACUCAGAUAUGAGUGUUGUCUCAGUGACUGGUGCUGCUCAGUCCACAUCUGCAGCCUUUAACUCUUUGCUGUCUAAAUGUGCUGUUGUUUAUGUUUGUUUUUGAACAAACCUCUGCUUUUCAUAUGUCAGCAUUUUUUUUUUCGGUCAGCAUUUGCACUCAUUGCAGUUUCUCCAAGACCAAAGAAGUCGGACAUUUUCCAUAUCGAGCUUCCUUUUUUUAAAACUCUGUUUGAUGUUGUAACAUUAGAUUUGUUCUCUGGUUUUAUAAUUGAAUCUGGAAACUGUGAAGAGAGCAUUCGGAAAAAAAAACAUUCCCCAACCAGGUUUCAUAAUGACACUUGCCUCUCAUGUUCCAAAGCUGCAUGAUAAGUUAAAUGCCAGGCAUUUCACACAGGUGACUGUUUCUCAACAUGGAUGUGUGACCUGGUGAGUUGCAGGAGCUCUACGCUUUAGUUUCAGUCUCUGAUGGUGAUGAACAGAUGGUGAUUUUCAGUAAGUAAUUUGUCACUUGAUUUAAGGGAAGGGGACCUAAGAAAUCUUAAUAAAAAUAAUG